AUGAAGGCUCAGAACUGGGUGGUGAAUGAAGGAUCCAUCCCGAAAUGUCACUUCGAGUCUUGUGGUCUGGCCGGGAAGCCCCGUACCCCUCUAUCAGGCAGGCAGCAGCUCAGGAGAGACCGGCAGCACCGCCAAGGCCCUGGCUUCAUCGGCAGCACCCCUCAGGAUGCACACCCAGCCAGGGCAUGCGGGUCUGGGCCCCCAUGGGUGCCCCGGUCCCUGCGGGAUGCUGCCCCUCACGCGGACACCCCACGGGUGGCCGUGCCGGUGGCUCCCGCUCCCUCGGCCAGGAACUUCGGGGUUUUCCCUCCCGGCGCCGCCGCCGCGAUCCUCCGCCUCUGCCUCUACCCGAACCCGGAGGAGGAGGAGGAGGAGGAGGAGGAGGAGGAGGAGGCGCCGCCCCGAAGUGUCCUGGAGCUCCUUCCUUUGGGAGAAUCCUUUGGGAUCAGCCCUGGAGGGAUCUGCCCGGGCAUGGGUUAUAAGAGGGAUGCAAUGGAUCCCUGGGCGCUGACCUGGCUCCCUCCCCAUCAGGUUGUCAGGAUUCCCACGGGAUGGAUCCCGAGGGAUCCCACACUGACUCCACUGUCUCUCCCGCAGGCUGCUCACCCCUGCGGCGUUCGGGGGCUGCCAGCGGGGCCCGGGGGGUGGCUGCCGCGCCUGGAGCCCGGCAGCCAGGAGGCGAUGCUGCGGGUGCUGGACGCGGGGCUGGAGCGAUGCCUGGCGCUGCAUUCCGCCUACAUCCCGGUGCCCCGGCACAGGAAGCUCUCGGGCAAGGCCGGCAUCGACGAGGUGAUGGCAGCCGCGGUGCUCACCAGCCUCUCCACCAGCCCGCUGGUGCUCGGUCACCCACCGGCCGCCCCUGCGCCGGAGCCCGGCGGUGAGGUCUGGAAGGAGGCGCCCACCAUGUCCUCCAGCUGCAGCAGCAGCAGCAACACCAGCGGGGACUGGAGCUGGGACCCGGCCAGCGACCGCUCCACCCCGUCCACCCCGUCCCCCCCACUCUCCAGCCACGUCCCCAGCACCUUCCUGCCUGCCCCGCUGCCCGACGAGGGCCCCGACGAGCCCGACGGCACCCACUUUGUCUUCGGAGAGCCCGUCCCGCGGAAGAGGAAGAACUCCACCAAGGUGAUGUUCAAGUGCUUGUGGAAGAGCUGUGGCAAAGUCCUCAGCAGCUCCUCAGGGAUGCAGAAGCACAUCCGAACUGCGCACCUUGGCCGUAAAGCCGACCUCGAGCAAAGCGACGGCGAGGAGGACUUCUACUACACGGAGCUGGACGUGGACGUGGAGUCGCUGACGGACGGGCUCUCCAGCCUCACGCCGGUCUCACCCACCUCCUCGGUGCCACCCGCCUUCCCCGGCCCCGAGGCGCAGGGUCCGGUGCCGCCGGUGCCGCUGCCGAGCCCCGACGUGGCGCUGGGCUCCCCCCGCAGCCCCCCGCAGCCCCCUGGCCUGUGCCACGUCCACACGGACCACGCGUACCAGGGCUGCCCCGUCCCCCCGCGGCCACCGGUGCCCCCCGCAGCGCCCGCCCCGCCGCCGCCCAAGCCGCCCGCUGUCCCCAGGAGGCCGCGGGGGGAGGCCAAGAAGUGCCGCAAGGUGUACGGCAUGGAGAACCGGGAGCUGUGGUGCACGGCGUGCCGCUGGAAGAAGGCUUGUCAGCGCUUCCUCGACUGAACCGGAGCCCCCGGGGCCGCGGCGUCCCCUCCUUCUUGCACAUUUUGCACUCGAGGUGCCUUCGCGCCCCCCCCCCACCCCUUCCACCUCCAACGCCACCCCGGGGUCCCCCCGGACUCAGGGAACGGCCCCCCCCAAAGCUUUAUGCACACGGAGCUUGUCCCCCCCUUUAUUCCUUUGGAAGAUAAGCUAAAUGUGCCCCCCCCCACUCCCCUAUGCCGGCACCGCGGGGGGGGGGCUGCCGGCUGCUCCUGGGGACACCCCCCCCACCCCGGGGGCUGCCCAUGGCUCGGAUAAGCUGUGCCUGCACCCGCCGGGGGCUCAGCAAAGGGGCGGGGGUGCCUGUUCCUGCCCCCCGCCCGCUCCCGGGGGGCACCCCCAGUGCCCGGGGCAGAGGUGGGCUCCUGCCCCCCCCUCCCCUUACCCCCUCCCCAAAGGGGUUUUUACUCUUUGUAUCGUUGUUUCUCUCUUCUUUCGUAUGGGGGAGCCGCGGCUCCCGCCGGGGCGAUGCUCCGGGAAGUGCCUGCAGGAACGCGCCCAUUUGCACUAAGCCAAACUGCACAAAGAGGUGGCUUUUUAUCGGGUUUCCCCCCCCCCGCCUUUUUAUUUUUUCCCCCUUUUUAUUUUUUUUUUCUUCCCCCCCCCCCCCCCGUGUGUUUUUAUUUUUUAAAUAAAAUAUAUGAAAAUUCGUAUUUUUAAAGAACUCCCUCCCAGGGCAGCGGCUGCAGCUGCCUCCAAACCUGGGCAGGUUUUAAGGGGCUUUAUUCCCUUCAAACCCCAUUUCCCCCCCCCCUUCCCAAACCCCUUUUUAUCCCCCCAAACCCCCUUUCUCCCCUCUCAUCCCAUCGCUUCCACAGGCAGCGGCUCAGGGCUGGGUUUGGCCGAGCCCCUUCCCUGUGCAAGGACGGGUGGGAUGGGGAUGGGGAUGGGGAUGGGUGCGUGGCCGGCCCAGGGCAGGCCCCCACCUUGCAGCGGGGUUCCCUUUGCAUUGGGGACCCCCCUAUUGAAGGGUCUCCCCCUUGCAGGGGGGGUCAGACCACAUCAGCCCCAUGGGCUGGUGCUGUGCCAGGCUGGGCCCCCCCCCCGCCCCGUUGUCCCCACAGGGAUGGGAUGUGUCAGAUCCGGAAGAAAAAAAUAACAAAAUAAAUAUUUGGAUUCUUUUUUAAUUA